UGCAUAUGGGCGGAGUCAGCUGACACCCGGAAGUGCCCUUAGUCUUGUACGGCAAUGCCUGCUCCUGAAGAUGAUGCCCGGCGGGCGUUCGCGGAAACCUUCGGGGGGAAAGAGCCACAAGUCGCAGUGUUCGCCCCCGGCAGGGUGAAUCUGAUCGGGGAGCACACGGACUAUAACGGAGGCUUCGUGUUGCCUAUGGCCCUACCUCUCAUUACGGUUAUUGUCGGGAGCCCCCGGGAGGAUAAAAAGAUUUGCCUGGUUACUACAGCUGAGGGGGCCGAUGAGCCACGUACAGUGGAAUUUGAGACCCCAAGUAUGAACACACCUCUUACUCCAGGAGUGCCGAAAUGGGCUAACUAUGUCAAAGGAGUUAUUCAGCAUUACAAAGCUGGUCCCAUUCCUGGAUUCAAUGCCGUCAUUGCCACCAGUGUGCCAUUGGGUGGAGGUCUGUCCAGUUCUGCAUCUUUAGAAGUUGCUACCUAUACCUUCUUGCAGCAGCUUUGCCAAGAUGAUGGCAAUCUUGUUCAGAAGGCACUGACCUGUCAAAAAGCUGAACAUACAUUUGCUGGCGUGCCCUGUGGGAUCAUGGACCAGUUUAUAUCAGUGAUGGGAAAAGAAGGCUCUGCUCUGCUCAUUGACUGCAGGUCUCUUGAAGUAAAACCGCUUCCUCUGACAGAUCCCAAGUUGUCGGUCCUCAUCACAAAUUCUAAUGUACGCCAUGAACUAACAGGCAGCGAGUACCCCACACGCAGGAGGCAGUGCGAGGACACAGCAAAGGCCCUUGGUAAAGAAAGCUUGAGGGACGCCAGUAUGGAAGAUCUGGAGGCCAAAAAGGACAGUCUGAGUGAGGUGUGCUAUAGGCGAGCCCACCAUGUCAUCACAGAGAUACAGCGCACAGAGAAGGCGGCUGAAGCUUUAGAGAAAGGCGAUUACCGAUUGUUUGGUAAAUUAAUGGUGGAGAGCCACAACUCAUUGAGGGACGAUUAUGAAGUCAGCUGUCCUGAGCUGGAUGAGUUGGUUUCAAUAGCGGUGGAAAUUCCAGGUGUUUAUGGCAGCCGGAUGACAGGAGGAGGAUUUGGAGGUUGUACCGUAACUUUACUGGAGACUUCAGUCGCUGAGAGAACCAAACAACAGAUUAAGGAGAAAUUCCAAGGAUCACCAUCAUUCUACAUUACCAAGCCAUCAGCUGGAUCUGGAGUCUUGCCACCAUAACCUUUCAUUGUAAACAUGUCUUGCCAUUUGGGAAGUAAAGUUUUAUAGCUCGUA